AUGGUGGAGACGGCCUUACAGUAUGAGAUGAGUUUCAGGGAGUCUCGAAGGGUUGGCCACCAGAUGGCAGAUUGUCCUCAGCUUGAGCGAGGAGGACAGCAGGAUCAGUACUUAACAUCACCACCAGCUCGUCCAGCUCUCCCUGCACCCCCUACUACAUCUACACCAUCAGGGAGGGGACGACCACUGGCUAGGCAGCCGCAGCAGCAACAGCAAACUUUGACUCAGGGACGAGCAUUUGCUCUGACUCACCAGACAGCACCAGAGCAUCCGAACUUUGUUGGGGGUACGUUCCUUUUUUCAAAUUGUUGGGCUAGAGUGUUAUUUGAUUCGGGUGCUACUAGUUCCUUUAUCACAUCUUCAUUUACAUUGGCUUUGGGGUUAGAGGUGACACCGAUGAGGCGAACAAUAGUGGUAGACUCACCGUUCGGACAGUUCACCCGUAUUCAGGGCUAUUGCAUAUGCAUGUGUCGGUUUAGUGAUAUCGAGUUGACCGUUAAUUUGUACAUUCUUGACUUCCAAGAUUUUGGUGUAAUCUUGCGAGUAGAUUGGUUGACGAAGCAAAAAGCAAUUUUAGACUUUUGGGAAAGGAGGAUUACUUUAAAUGCGCCUGGUGGGGUAGUGAUUCAAUUGAGGGGAUCGAGGGGUGUUCUUUGUCCACAUUUUUUGGAUAACCCCUCCUAUGUCGAUUGGUCAGUGGUGAGUUUGACUACUUCUACACCUAGUGGCGAGGUGAUUUCCCCGACACUUGUAGUGGAGGAGUUCAUGGAUGUUUUUCCUGAGGAUUUGCCAGGUCUAACUCCACGGAGAGAGAUAGAGUUUGUCAUUGAUUUGCUUCCGGAUACGAAGCCAAUUUUGAUUGCUCCAUAUCGAAUAGCUCCAGUAGAGUUGAAGGAGUUGAAGUUGAGGAUUCGGGAGGAGGAUGUUUCAAAAACAGCAUUUAGAACUCGAUAUGGACACUAUGAGUUGUUGGUGAUGCCAUUUGGGCUCACAAAUGCCCUGGCAGCGUUCAUGGACUUGAUACACAAGUGUGAAUUCUGGGUGACAGAGGUGAAGUUCUUGGGCCAUGUGAUUACUCAGGAGGGAGUGGCAGUUGAUGCAUCGAAAGUGGAGGCGGAUUUCUCCAGUGUUGCUUCAUCAUUGACUUGCCUUACACGAAAGGGAGUUUCGUUUGUGUGGUCAGAGGAGUGUGAAGUGGCGUUUCAAGAGUUGAAACGAAAACUCACAUCUUCACCGGUGUUGAUUGUUCCGGAGAGAGAUGUGGGAUAUCAGGUGUAUUACGAUGCAUCUAGAGUUGGACUAGGAUGUGUAUUGAUGCAGCAGGGAAGAGUUGUAGAGUAUGGGAAGGCGAAUGUAGUUGCGGAUGCCUUGAGUAGGAAGAACCGAGCUGCGAGGUUGGCGAUGCGAGAGUGGGAGAUGUUGGAGACGGUUGACAGUUUUGGGUUGGAGCUACAAGAGCAGGGUAGCCAGAUGUACUUAGGGAGCAUUGUUACUCGUCUUGUAUUAAUCCAGAGAGUAAUAGAUGCUCAAAUUGGAGAUGCUACAUUUGAUACUUUUGAAGAGGAGAGUGGUUGGAUUAGAGGCACGGAUGGAGGAGUACGAUGUGCAGGUAGAUUGAUAGUAUCCGAGGAUGAGGAGCUACGUGAGGAGAUUUUGAGAGAGGCGCAUCAUUCGAGAUUUGCUAUGCAUCCAGGGGUGAAGGCGGAGCACCAGAGAUUGGCAGGGUUGUUACAGCCACUUCCAGUGGCAAAGUGGAAAUGA